CUGACCCUUGAUAUGCCCGUCCACUGGUCAUCAACAAAUUUGAUGUUGCAUCUCGCUGUGAACCUUCGAAAGGCUGUGGACCAGUUCGUGCAGGAGAUUAUCUGGGUGGAAGCCAAUGCGGCGAAGUCCGCAAAGCUUCAUCACCUCUGUCUCUCUGAUGCGGAGUGGUUGCGGGUACGGAAGUUUUUGGAAUUGCUUCAGGUUCCAGACCUCGCGCAGCAGUCCUUCUCGUCGGACUGUUUCCCGGCGCUUCAUAUUGCGCUUCCAGCUCUAGAGGCAUUGCACGCUGUCUGGAGCCGGUGCCUAACGGAAGCGCAUUAUCAGCCCUUCCAUUCGGCACUGGAGAAGGCCCUAGACACUGUGAAGGAGUACUAUGAUCUAACGGCCGAUUCUGAUGCAUAUAUUAUUGCCAUGGUGCUUGACCCUUUGGAAAAGUUAAGCCAAAUCAAGCAAACAUGGCCAGAAGUGUUGUAUGCAGAAGUUUUUGUUUCAGCCAAGCGAAUUUUCAAAGAACGCUAUCUUCAGAUGUACCCCAGCGGUGUUAUAACCACAGUCAAGAAGUCCAACAAGAAUCAAAAGUUACGCCACCUGCUUAGUCUCGGAGACAUGGCAUCGCUCUCGUCUUCGCCCUCUACAUCUCCUGCUCCCAACCCCACUUCCGCCCCUGACACCAGCGCGAGCCCAACUCCUCCGUGGGAACAAGCAUUCAACAAGUAUCUCGACGGUGAGGAUGAGAUAACGGAGGAUACAACAAUUACCACAUGGUGGGGUCUAAACCAAGCUCGGUAUCCUGUGUGGGCUUCUCUAGCGCGCAACUACCUCCCCGUUAUGGCCUCCUCCGUGUCCAGUGAAUGGGCAUUCUCUGGGGCUGGCAUCACCCUGACGAAGCGUCGCAAUAGACUUAAGGCUGACAUUGUCGAGGUGCUGCAAGGGUUGAAGUGCGCGAUGCGACAUGAUCUGCUUAUCCGGCCCUCGGGACCAACUUUAGCCCUUGAGGAGGAGCUUCUGGCAGAAGCAGACCAGGAAGAUAAGUUAAUAGAUUCUAUCCCCCCCAGUGCCACAGAUAGCGGUUUCACGAUGGAAUUAGACUUGGACAGUGAUGCAGAG